AUGGCGCCGGGGGGCGGGGGCGGGCAGCGGGACGGCUGGCCGGCCCGAGGGCGCCUCCUCCUGGCCGCGCUGCUGCUGCUGCUGCUGCUAUGGACGCGGGCGGCCAGCGGCCAGAGUAGCCCCCAGCAGAGCGUGAUCCUGGGCAUGAGGCUGGCGAGCUGCAACAAGUCGUGCGGGAUGAACCCGGAUGGCAUCAUCUUCGUGUCCGAGGGCAGCACGGUGAACCUGAGGCUCUACGGCCACAGCCUGGACGAGAUCUCCAGCAACCUGAUCUCCUUUACCGAGGUGGACGACGCCGAGACGGUCCACAACUCUACCAACUGCCUGGAGCUCACCAAGGACUUAGUGGUCCAGCGGCUAGUCAACGUGAGCCGCGGGAACACGUCGGGGAUGCUAGUGGUGCUCACCAAGUUCCUGCGGAGGAGCGAGAACAUGAAGCUGUACGCGCUGUGCACCCGGGCCCGGGCCGACGGGCCCUGGCUCAAAUGGACGGACAAGGACUCCCUGCUCUUCAUGGUGGUGGAGCAUGGGAGAUUUCUGCCACUCUGGCUGCACAUCCUUCUCGUGUUGGUGCUGUUGGUGCUGUCGGGCAUCUUUUCUGGCCUCAACCUGGGGCUUAUGGCCCUGGACCCUAUGGAACUGCGCAUCGUGCAGAACUGUGGAACUGAGAAGGAGAGACGGUACGCCCGCAAGAUAGAGCCCAUCCGGCGCAAGGGCAACUACCUGCUCUGCUCGCUGCUCCUGGGGAAUGUACUAGUCAACACCUCCCUCACCAUCCUUCUAGACAACCUGAUCGGGUCUGGCAUCAUGGCAGUGGCCUCGUCCACCAUUGGCAUUGUCAUCUUCGGGGAGAUCUUACCUCAAGCCCUGUGCUCCCGACACGGGCUGGCUGUGGGUGCCAACACUAUUGUCCUCACCAAAGUCUUUAUGCUGCUCACCUUCCCUCUGAGUUUCCCCAUUAGCAAACUCCUGGACUUCUUCUUGGGUCAGGAGAUCCGCACUGUUUACAAUCGGGAGAAGCUGAUGGAGAUGUUGAAGGUGACAGAGCCCUAUAACGACCUGGUGAAGGAGGAGUUAAAUAUGAUCCAGGGCGCCCUGGAACUAAGGACCAAAACUGUGGAGGAUAUCAUGACCCAGCUGCAUGACUGCUUCAUGAUCCGCAGCGAUGCCAUCCUGGACUUCAACACCAUGUCUGAGAUCAUGGAAAGUGGCUAUACUCGCAUUCCUGUGUUUGAGGAUGAGCAAUCCAAUAUCGUAGAUAUCCUGUAUGUCAAAGACUUGGCUUUUGUCGACCCGGACGACUGCACCCCGCUCAAGACUAUUACCCGCUUCUACAACCACCCGGUGCAUUUUGUUUUCCAUGACACCAAGCUGGAUGCCAUGCUGGAGGAAUUUAAGAAGGGGAAGUCCCACCUGGCCAUUGUGCAGAAGGUGAACAACGAGGGGGAGGGUGACCCCUUCUACGAGGUGCUGGGCCUGGUCACCCUGGAGGAUGUCAUCGAGGAGAUCAUCAAGUCCGAGAUCCUGGACGAGUCGGACAUGUACACGGACAAUCGAACCCGGAAGCGGGUAUCUGUGAAGAACAAGCGCGACUUCUCUGCCUUCAAGGACACUGACAGUGAACUCAAAGUGAAAAUCUCACCUCAGCUGCUUCUAGCUGCCCAUCGCUUCCUGGCCACAGAGGUGCCCCAGUUUAGCCCCUCUCUGAUAUCAGAGAAGAUUCUGCUGCGGCUGCUCAAGUACCCAGAUGUGAUUCAGGAGCUCAGGUUUGACGAGCACAACAAGCACUGCAUCCGCCAUUACCUGUACACCCGGAACAGGCCGGCCGACUACUUCAUCCUCGUCCUGCAGGGGAAGGUGGAAGUGGAAGCAGGAAAGGAGAACAUGAAGUUUGAGACGGGCGCCUUCUCGUACUAUGGGACCAUGGCUCUGUCUGCGGCCCCCUCGGACCGGUCCCCAGCCCACCCGACUCCACUCAGCCGCUCAGCCUCCCUCAGUUACCCAGAUCGCAGCACGGACGUGCCACCCUCCUCAACCCUGCCAGGCAGCAACCAGUUUGGCAGCUGCGUUCUGGGCCAGUAUGUGUCUGACUUCAGUGUCCGGGCACUCACAGACCUGCAGUACAUUAAGAUCACAAGGCAGCAGUACCAGAAUGGGCUGCUGGCCUCCCGCAUGGACAACAGCCCUCAGCUCCCCUUGGAUGGCUGUGCCACCUGCUCAGAGAACUUUACUGAGAAGUCUGAGCUGCCUGUGGUGGAUGAGACCACGACUCUUCUCAGUGAACGCAACUCCUUGCUGCACAGAGCCUCCCAGGAGGGGGCCAUCUGACAGGAGGGCCCGGGGACUCCCGCCCACCCUGCGGGGGUCUCCCCAGUGGGCCCACAUGAAGUCAGGGAGCCUGUUAGGCUAGAAGGGGUACAGGUUGAGAUCCUGCAUAACUGAGUGACCAGACACCCCUGUCCAGGGGACCUGGCUGCAGAUGGGGACCUCACUCUGACAUGAUGCCUGCCCAGCCCAACUAGUAAGCGAAGGCUGGUUUGUUUGUUUGUUUAUUUGUUUUUUAAACACUGAGAGAAUUUUUAAGCUAGGCUCAUUGCUCCUCUUUUUAAAUAUCAUUUCGGGAAGGGAAGACAGGGUUAAGGAACUUUAUGUAAAAAUAAUUUUUUUCCCCCAAGAAACCCCACAAACUUUAAAAGGGGAGAAGGGUUCCUUACCCUGGGAAGCAAGAGCCAUAACCUGUUCCCAGAGAAGAUCUUGCAGCCUGUGUGUGUCUCUUUCGGAGCUACUCCUCUGCAGCACUGGGGGCCUGGAGCCUGCAGGAGGAAGAAGUCAUACUUGGGAAGCAGCGGUCCCAACGAAACAUCAACUGCCAGGACUCAGGCAUUGAGGUUCCUGAGGCUGAGAGGUGACACAAUGGCCCCGGCCUGCAUCACAGAGGAAUAACGUCUACUCUUGUCAACCGUCGGAUGCCGCGAUCUCCUGGAACCUUGCCCACAGGCUCUCCUGGUGAGUCAGGACUCAGCUGAGACCCACGCCCUGGCUCGAGUUAGGCAUGGUCUUUGGCCUUCUGGGCCAGGCCCUCUGUUUUACCAAAAGUUUCCUCAGAAGGGACAGCCUACAUCCGAGGUAACUUGUCGG